CAACAUGGCCGCGAAUUUACAGAAGGCUGUGUGCAUCGUAACCGGUGGUGCUUCGGGAUUAGGGCGGGCAACAGCCCAGAGACUCGCAAAAUAUGGAGCAAAAGUAGUCGUAGCUGAUCUCUCCUCAAGUGAUGGAGAAAAAGUAGCUAAGGAAUUGGGUGAAAGUUGCUAUUUCGCACCAACGGAUGUUACAUCAGAAGCUGAUGUCCAGCAAGCUAUCAAGUUAGCUAAUGAAAAAUUUGGUCCCCUCAAUGUAGCCGUCAAUUGUGCAGGAAUAGGAAUUGCUGUGAGAACUGUUUCCAAAAAAGGACCACACCCUCUUGAUCAAUUUGAGAAGGUCUUGAAGGACUUUUCCUGACUCCUCUGCUGAUGAGUUUGCCUGAGAAAGUCAGGGAUGAGCUGGGUAAAAGUGUUCCCUUCCCAAGUCGUCUGGGUGAUCCUGCAGAGUUUGGACAUCUGGUACAGAGUAUUAUCGAGAACCCAAUGCUAAAUGGUGAAGUUAUCAGGCUGGAUGGAGCUUUACGCAUGCAACCUUGAUGUCAUUUCAUUUUGGCCAAAUUUUGACAUCUUUCAAAUGAUAAGUCAGCUAGAAAUGAUUUCAUGUGAUAGGUGAGGUAGAUAAUUAACUUCUAGAACAAUCUUUAAGUUGCAUAAACAUGCAAAACUUUGGACAUUCCAGUUAACUUAUUGUAGAGAUUAUUAUUCUCUAGAACAGGGAUGGGUGAGUGGAAUGUCAAUGGUUGGAGGGGGGGAGGAGAGGGACAAACUACAUUUGCCCUUCCCCUCUUAUCCUGUCAUGUCUGCUGUCUCUCUGGAAUACCAAUAAUUAAUUUUCACACAUGAAGCUCAGAAAAUAUAUUACCACUGAAAGAUUUUAAGCAAACCAGUAUAGUAAUAAAUGAAUAAACGCGCACAUCUGUUGUGACUAUGAA